UAUAAGCGAGUCACUCAGCCACCGGGAGCUGCCGCGACAGCUGGGCGGGUGGCGUGGGACAUCGCGCCGUGACCUGAGCCGUGCCCUUCGCCUCGACGCCGGACCCCAUGGCGACGCCUUCGCAGAAAAGGAGCACCCGCAGCGGGGCUUCGGGGACCCCCUUGUCCCCCACCCGCAUCACCCGGCUGCAGGAGAAGGAGGACCUGCAGGAGCUCAAUGACCGCUUGGCCGUGUACAUCGACAAGGUGCGCUCGCUGGAGCUGGAGAACGCCGGCCUGCGGCUCCGCAUCACCGAGUCCGAGGAGGUGGUGAGCCGCGAGGUCUCGGGCAUCAAGGCUGCGUACGAGUCCGAGCUGGCGGAUGCCCGCAAGACCUUGGAUUCGGUGGCCAAGGAGAGAGCUCGGCUGCAGCUGGAGCUCAGUAAAGUGCGGGAGGAGCACAAGGAGCUGAAAGCCCGGAAUGCCAAGAAGGAAGGGGACCUGCUGACUGCUCAGGCACGCCUUAAGGAUGUGGAGGCUUUGCUUAAUUCCAAGGAGGCUGCGCUCUCCACGGCCUUGGGUGAGAAGAGGAACCUGGAAAAUGAAGUGCGGGACCUGAGAGGACAGGUGGCCAAGCUGGAAAGCGCCUUGGGCGAAGCCAAGAAGCAGCUGCAGGAUGAGAUGCUGCGCCGCGUGGAUGCCGAGAACCGGCUGCAGACCCUGAAGGAGGAGCUCGAAUUCCAGAAGAACAUCUACAGCGAGGAGCUGCGGGAGACCAAGCGGCGCCACGAGACCCGGCUGGUGGAGAUCGACAACGGGCGGCAGCGAGAGUUUGAGAGCAAGCUCUCCGAGGCCCUGCAGGAGCUGCGUAGCCAGCACGAGGCCCAGAUCAGGCUUUACAAGGAGGAACUGGAGAAAACCUACGGGGCAAAGCUGGAGAAUGCCAAGCAGUCAGCUGAGAGGAACAGCAACAUGGUGGGUGCUGCCCACGAGGAGCUGCAGCAGACCCGCAUCCGCAUUGACAACCUCUCCUCAGAAGUCAGCCAGCUGCAGAAGCAGCUGGCUGCCAAGGAGGCGAAGCUGCACGACCUGGAGGACAUUCUGGCCAGGGAGCGCGAGACCAACCGGCGCCUGCUGUCCGACAAGGAGAGGGAGAUGGCCGAGAUGAGGGCGCGCAUGCAGCAGCAGCUGGAUGAGUACCAGGAGCUGCUAGACAUCAAGCUGGCCCUGGAUAUGGAGAUCAACGCCUACCGCAAGCUGCUGGAGGGCGAGGAGGAGCGGCUGAGGCUGUCCCCCAGCCCUUCAUCCCACAAAGGUGCAUCCCGAAGCCACCUGUCCACUCCAGGCUCCUCCAAGAAGAGGAAGUUGGAGGACAGCGAGAGCCGGACCAGCUUCUCCCACCAUGCCCGGACCAGUGGCCGUGUUGGUGUGGAGGAGGUGGACCUGGAGGGCAAGUUUGUCCGUCUCAGGAACAAGUCCAACGAGGACCAGGCCAUGGGGAACUGGCAGAUCAAGAGGCAGAAUGGGGACGAUCCCCCCCUUACCUACCGCUUCCCCCCAAAGUUCACCCUGAAGGCUGGCCAGGUGGUCACGAUCUGGGCCUCGGGAGCUGGAGCAACCCACAGCCCCCCCAGUAACUUGGUGUGGAAAGCGCAGAGCAGCUGGGGCUCCGGGGACAGCCUGCGCACCGCCCUCAUCAACUCCAACGGGGAGGAGGUGGCCAUGAGGAAACUGGUGCGCACUGUGAUCAUCAAUGAUGAUGAAGAUGAGGAUGAUGAUGAAAUGAGCAUCCACCACCGCCACCACCAUGGCUGCAGUGGCUCUGGGGACCCCGGGGAGUACAACCUGCGCUCCCGCACCGUGGUGUGUGGCACGUGUGGCCAGCCAGCCGACAAGUCGGGCUCGCAGAACGCCGGCAUCACCUCCAUGUCCUCGGGCUCGUCCAGCUCCAGCGUCACCGUCACCCGCAGCUACCGCAGCAUGGGCGACUCUGGCAUCGGCCUCGGGGACAGCCUGGUGGCCAGGAACUACCUCCUGGGGAGCUCCAGCCCCCGCAGGCAGGCUCAGGCUGUGCAGAACUGCAGCAUCAUGUAAUUCCAUGGCGCAUUCCUGUGGUUCCUGCCCGUCUCCAGCUAGGUUUGUUUUUUUUUCCCAAAGCAAAGAAAUUUUUUUCUCUUAAAAAACAAGAUAUCAAAACCCAAGGUUGUUUUUUUUUUGUUUUGUUUUGUUUUCUAUAGCAGGAAUUUUAUAUAUAUAUAUAUUAAAAGUGCUAAAAGAUGCUUUGAAAUUUUUUUGUAAAGAAAAAAUCUAUUUCUGUAUAAAAAAAACCAAACCAAAAAAUAGCUUUUCAGCUUCAAAUAUUUUUUAGAACUUCAGCCAAAGACAGCAAAGAACUGUGUUUACAGAGCAGCCAUGCAGGAGGAGUUUGUAGUUGAAAUGCUCCUUCCAUUGUACCUUUUUUGCCAAAGCUUUUUACAUAGGACAGGGAGAAGCGCAGCCGUACCCACUGGAGCUGCGUGCCACAGGGGCUGCUGUCCUGUCUCAAGUGGAGCACAGUGCCUUUACAAACAUUUUUCUUGGGAUCUGAAGCCAAAAUUCCCUUUUUUUUUUCUCUUUUUUGAGUUGUGAUUCCUGGCGGUGCUGGCGCGGGGGCUCCCGGCAGCUCGCGGGCGAUGCCCAUGUCUCUCUGUGGCCAUUGCCCCCUCCCCAGCCCCCUGCCCGCCUGCACUCCCUGCUCUAUGUACUGUAUUCCUCUUAUUCCCCAUCCCAGGCACCUCUUGCCCUUUUUCUUAGUCAGCCAAGUUGUGCCUUAGCUGAGCUGGGGGCCGGGCUGGGAGCCCCACUGGAGCCCAGCUGAGUGGAGAUGGAGCAGGGCAAGUGAAAACACCGGAGCUGCGUUUUGGGACCAGAUGGAUUUGACAGCUGGGGUGAUGGACCUCAGUCCCACAAGCUCAGCCCCAGCAGAGCCCCCCAGGCCUCCUCUUUGAGAGCCACUGCAUCCAGAGGGGCUCACCCCCACUGAUCCAGAGGGUUCAUCCCCAAUGCAUCCAUAGGGGUUCACUCCCACUGCAUCCAGAGGGUUCAUCCCCCCAGAGGGCCUCACCCCCCACUGCAUCCAGAGGGGCACACCCCCCCUGAUCCAGAGGGAUUCACCCCCACUGCAUCCAGAGGGGUUCAUCACCCUCGAGGGGUUUAUCCCCACUGCAUCCAGAGGGGUUCAUCACCCUCGAGGGGUUUAUCCCCACUGCAUCGAGAGGGUUCACCCCUCACUGCAUCCAGACGGGUUCAUCCCCCCAGAGGGGCUCAUCCCCACUGCAUCCAGAUGGGUUCAUCCCCCACUGCAUCUAGAGGGGUUCAUCCCCCCAGAGGGGUUCACUCCCACUGAUCCAGAGGGGUCCAGAGGGGUUCAUCCCCCAGGGGGGUUCAUCCCCCCUGCAUCCAGAGGGGCUCAUCCCCCACUGAUCCAGAGGGGUUCACCCCCCCAGAGGGUUCAUCCCCCCUGCAUCCAUAGGGGUUCCCCCCACCUUCCCUCGGCUGUGUUUAUUCAGGCUCGUCUCAGGUGGCCAGAGCUCAGGAGCUGUUUCAGGGAUUAAGAGAAAGAUGUUCAGUCCAGGUCGGAGCUGGUUUGUCAGGAAAGCGCCUAGGAAGGCUUUUGGAGUGAGGGAGAUUUUGGGGUCUGAUAGGUGCAGCUUCCCCCUUGGCAGGAGCCCAUCCAGCCGUUGGCAGAUCUCUUGGCUUUUUGCCUUGACUGGGAAACGCCUGCAGCCCCCCCGACCUCAAGUGCAGCAGAGGGGUGGGGCUGGAGAAGGUGCCAGGACAAGCCCCCCACUCCAGUGGGUUUUUGGGGAGGCUAUGUAUGUAUCUAUGCUUGCAAAGCUUCUGUAUUACUGCCUGUACUUUCUUCCAGAGUCAAAAUACAGCUGAACCCUUCCCAUGC